AUGUGGAUUUUGGUGAUUCUGAUUAUAAAUUAUAUUUUAUGUGUUUUUUCACUUCCUGAGAAAUGCCGAGCUUUAUCAAUAGGAGGAGGAACUGAUAGGGGAGCUUAUGAGGCAGGGGCGAUUAUUGGAUUAAUAAAUAGUCUUCCAGCUGAUGAAUCACAGUGAAAAGUAGUGACUGGAGUUGGCACAGGAGCCCUUAACGCAUUAAUUGUUUCACAGUUUUCUAUCGGUAAAGAAAAUUUUCUCACACAAGCUUUAUUAGAAUUCUGGGGUAAUUUUACGUAUAAAAAAAUAUACAAAGAUUGGGAUGGUUGAUAUAUUGAAGCAUUCAGGUCAAAAUCAGGUCUUUAUAACUCAUCUCCUAUGAAUGAUACAAUUAAGAGUUUAGGCUCUCAAAAUUUUGAAAGAUUUUUGGGUGUUGGAACCACAGACCUUAUAUCAGGAAAUUAUGUGUUUUUUAAUUCUACGACUCAAAGUAAAGAUGCAAUGCUUUUAGGAAUAUAUGCUAGUGCGUCAGAUUACGGAUAUCUCCCUAUAGUUGAAUAUAAUGAGUUUAAGCUUGUUUCUGGGCAUAUUAAAUUUGCAACUGAUAUUUUGCAUGCAUAAAUAAAAUGGCAUUCGGUUCGAGAGAAAUUAGCUUUGCUAAUUUUUCUCUCCCUCAUGGAAUUUUAUUUAUAGGGUUAGGCUUUCACUCGAGAAACUUCUGGACAGCAAUAGCGGUUUAACUCUGGGGAUAACCAGAGGAACUGCUCCUCAGUCCUUUCAAGAUUUCGGGCUUUUACCUCUCAGCACAUCCCCACGGGAGGAUGACCCUUAGGCGGAACACGCGCAGGAGCUGAGUCGAGACAAGGGCGACGGCAUCGCGCCGGGUGAGACGUGCAGCAAGGCUGGUGAAGCAGGAGUUGAUAGAAGGCUUGGCCAGGGCUGACCUGUUCCAAGAUGGCUCGCCUACGUCACUAGUUUUGCCAUAGGCCCUUUUGGGCUGCGGCACUAGACACCUUAAACACCAGAUAAUUAAGUUAAGUUAAGUUAAGAUAUUUUGCAUGCAGUAAAUGCGUGCUAUGAACUUGGAUAUGCUCAAAAGGAUAUAAUUCUCGAUAUAGUUUUGACAUCUGGAAAAAGCAUAGAGGUAGUCGACACAACACAAUAUAGGACCCUUCAAUUUUUAACAAGAUAUUGGGAAAUUACAUCAUUUUAUAGUGCGAUGCAAGCAAUCCUUAAUUUAGGUAUUGAUUUUCCAGAAGUCACUGUAAGAUCUAUUGUUUAUCCUCAAUCUCACCUUCCAUACUCCUUUUAUCUUUAUGAUUAUUCACACAAAGAAAAUGAAAAAAUGCUUAUUGAAGGUCAAAAAGAUGCUAUAAAUUCUUUAGAUUUUAUUGUUAGUUCUUAA